CCUAAAAUCUAAAUCGCCGCUUCUCCCCGUCGUCUUCCUUCUUCUGGCUUCUGCCUGUUUCUUCGUCCAUCUCUCUCUCGCCAAUCGCCCUCUUUCUCUCUGAUUUGGACUAGGCGAAUUUCGAUCUUUCUUCUAUAAGAAUGCCUCCGAAUCUCUGCUCCUUCGGCUUCGAUUCGAGGCGUCGACCUUGUUAUUCCGCAUCCAUCGUCCCCAGACCGAUUGAAUUGGGGUAGGCAUCUGAUUAGGGGUUCCAAUCGAGAGGGUUUGGUGACUUUUUGCUUGAUUUCUCUUUGAUUUUGUUGAGGGAGUUGCAGAGUUGGAGAUAGGAAAUGUCGAAUUUCCGGCGAGGGCUGGAGGAGCUGGUUCGUGGCCACAUAGAUGGGUGCAUGACUGCGGCCCUUGCGUCUUGCGGUUCCUCCGCGGAUGCCGGUGACGGCGAGGACGACCAACUCGCCGCUGGUGGCAGCGAAGGAUCCGACCAGCUCUCCCGUCGCCGAAGGAGGAACGGCGACGACCAGGAGGAGACGUCCGCCGCUGCCCGUCUGCACUCUCGGAUAUUGAGUCGGUGGGUCGCGCGGCAGGCGGAGGAGAUGAUUACCACCAUCGAGAGGAGGAACCGGGAGUCGGAGCUCAUGGCGCUCGCCCGUCUCCACGCUGUGUCCAUGCUUGACUCUUCGUUUCUUCGAGAAUCGCGGCGGCCGCAAACUACCGUUGAGCGCCCCGCCGCGGUCCGGGCUUCCUCCGUUCUACAGAGGUGGCGCGAGCUCGAGGACGCGUCGGCUGCAGCUAGAGAGCGUGAGACCAUGCGCUCUCCGUCCCCCGCCGCUACCCCACAGAACCUCCGGACUGGCGUCGAAAGCCUUAGCCGUGAUGAGUGGAUUGAUAGCUCCGGGCUCGGCAGCAGCGUGAGCGAUGACAACGGCAAUGAGUUCCGCCGAGAGGGCAACCAGCCGUCUGGAAUUGCAACCAUACAGACAGAGACCACUGGUAACAGGGAGUCGAGUAGAGAGCAGUCGCCUGAUUUUGGAGAUGUUUUCAAUGGCGAGCGGGAAAGGGUGAGGCAGAUUGUUCGAGGGUGGGUGAUGAGCACUGCAAUGGCAGCCAACACAGCCUUGCGAGCCACACAACAGAGGAACGAGAGUCCCGGCAAUGACUGGCUUGGGGAGAUCGAACGGGAGAGGGUGCGACUGGUGAGAGAGAGGGUGCGUAUGGUGAGCCAGGAAAGACAUUCUCAGGUUAACAGAAUAGGGGAGGCAGAGAGGGUUGCUUUAGCAACUGACCGAGUGGAUCCACAAGAGCAAAGCCGGAGGGAGCAGCCAAGGCUACGUGGUAGACAGGCUCGACUCGAUCUGAUCAUGAGAAUGGUACGUGAAAGGGAAAGAGAGCUUCAGGGCUUGUCCGAACAUCAUGCAGUCUCUGCCUUUGCUCACCGCAAUCGGAUUCAGGCUUUGCUUGAAGAAAGGUUCUUGAGUAAUUUUGCACAGAGUGAGGAACACUCUUCUGUGGUAGGUAGAGAAUUCCGUCAGCUCGGCCAGUGUCCUCCUUUAUCUGGGUUGAGGGAAGGAUUGCACUCUCAAGAAGAUCGAACAAUCAGUCAAUCUGGUGCUCUGAGCAUUCAAGAAAUUAAUUACAAUGGAAAUGGUUCAUCUUCUUCGAGUAUGGUGGAAGUGUCAAAUAAUGACCUUGAUCAAGACCGUGUGGAUGAUGAAAAUGAGUUGUACGCAUCGGCAAACCGAGUAACAAAUCAGAUGGAAAAUGACACAGAAAGUGAAAAUGCAGAAUGGACAGAAGAUGCAACCCAAGCAGAGGAUUUGCAGGAGGAUGCAGAACACGGAGAAGAGAUCUGGCAUCAAUAUACUGAAGAUAGGCUAAAUGAGAGUAGUGAAGAUGAUUAUGAAGAAAGUUGGCAAGAAAACAUAGACUAUAUGCAACCUCAUGACACACCUGAAGGGAGUGCAGAUAAUACUCAUGAAGAAGUGCAUGAGUAUUGGCGAGAAGAUGACUCACAAGAGGCAGUACCCAUAUGGCAGGAUGAAUCUUUGGAUUCACUACAAAAUCAACAGUCCUUUACAGUCAGAAGAGUUAACAGAUUUAUUUUGCCUGAUGAUGAUAAUGUAUAUAGCAUGGAGCUUAGGGAACUCUUAAGAAGGAGAAGUGUCUCAAAUCUUCUCAGUAGUGAGUUUCGGGAAAGUUUAGACCAACUAAUAGAGUCUUAUGCUCAACGUCAGGAACGAAAUCCAUUUGAUUGGGAUUUACAAAUGGCAUCUGCAUCAGGUUCGAUAGAGGUAGAUCAGGGACAACAAAGAGAUGAUUUAGUUCAAGAUCAAAUUGCUGUUAGUGUGGCUCCACCUACACUGCCAUCUCCACCGGUGCCACCACCUCCACCCCCACCCCCACGACCAUUAUGGCACUCAACUUUGCACCACACAAAUUGGACUCGACAAAGCUUUCAACAUUCAGAAUGGGAUGUUAUUAAUGAUCUAAGGUCUGAUAUGGCUAGGCUUAAAGAGGGAAUGAAUCAUAUGCAGCAAAUGGUGGAGGCAUGCAUGGAUAUGCAGCUUGAGUUACAACGUGCAGUCAGACAGGAAGUCUCAGCAGCUUUAAAUCGUCGCACUGGAGGACAAGGGGAGGAACAAUUGCACUGGGAAGACACAUCCAAAUGGGGACAAGCAAGAAGAGGAACUUGUUGCAUAUGCUGUGAUAGUCCCAUCGAUUCUCUUCUUUACAGAUGCGGGCACAUGUGUGCUUGUUCGAAAUGUGCUAAUGAGUUGGUUCGUACUGAAGGUAGAUGCCCAUUGUGCCGAGCACCGAUACUCGAGGUGAUUCGCGCCUAUUCUGUAUUGUAAAAUAAAACCUAAUCGCAGAUGCAACAGCCAUGAGGUUUUUAGGAAUUAGGAGUCGGUGGCCUAUCUGUAUAUAGUAUUGAGAAUUCUUUUGCGCUAGGCAUACACUGAUCAUUAAUUUUGAGAUGCGGCAAACUUGAGUAAAUUUGUUAAAAAGGGUCAUUGGUUUUGCAAUGUGGGAAGGUUGAGCAGACUUGUAAAGGAGCGGUCACUAAUUUUGAGAUGUUCCUAGGAAGUUCUGUAGACUUGUACAAGAGAAAAGGUUAGGCCAUCAUUGACAUACCAUAAUGAAAUUUAUAUUCCUUUUCAA